CGGACGGUGAGGGAAGGAGGUGGGCUGGUACCCUGCAAUGGGGGUGUGAUGGUUACUAUCCCUGUGUCUGUUAACAGUGCUGUGUGAGUAACCAUGGCCGUAAGUAUCCGGCACUAGCAAAGAACCUUCUAACCGCCACUUCAGCAUCGAGGCGCCACCAAGAACCUCCAUGACAAAGGCCUGGAAACGAUUUCACUCUGCCCCGCCGCUGUCAUUUGCCUCGUAGCCUUCCAAGCGCAAGAUAUUUCCGCCACAGACUCUUGCAACCAUGGAUUUCAUCGGUGCACCAUUAGCGCCAACGGAGCCAAAGGCAAGAACCUAGAGAAAGUGAUGCCAUACGUAUAGUCCCGUUCCACCAGAUGUCGCCGUGAAGGCAUCAGAUGCAUUACAGAAUGAAUGAGUUGAACCUCAGCACAGUGGGGAUUGACCAGCUGACCUCUUCCUCCGUAGCCAAUUCUUUAACGGUCUCAGGGAGUCAUCUUGGGCUUUCUGGCUCCCCUCCACACAAUACUCUUCCAGCACCAGGUUUACCAGUGGCAAUACCUAACCUGGGUCCAUCAUUAAGCUCCCUUCCUUCCGCUCUCUCAGUCAUGUUACCUAUGGGGAUAGGAGACCGUGGCGUGAUGUGUGGUCUCCCAGAAAGGAACUACCCCCUUCCUCCUCCACCUUACCCUCACCUGGAGAGCAGCUACUUCAGGCACAUACUGCCAGGAAUCCUCUCGUACCUAGCUGACCGCCCCCCACCGCAAUACAUACACCCCAGCCCGCUGAAUGUAGACGGCAACUCCGGCCUUUCUGUUUCCAACGCCCCACAGUCUCUGGACCCUUUUCAGCCUGGGGGAUCUGUGGGUUUAGAGACCGGAAUAGUAUCCCUAGACUCUCGGUCGGUCGGUGGGCACACAGGGCAGAGCCUGCACCCUAGCGAUGGGCACGAGGUGCAGCUGGACUCGGGGAUUACUAUGGGGAGUGUCUCACGAGUGAACAGUCCCAUCCCGUCUGACGGCAUUACAGAAGAGCUGGCCAUGGAAGGCGUCGCAUCGGAGCACAGGCAGCUCUCUAACGUCCCGCGCUCCCACGAGCCCCUCACAGUGGACGGCAGCCUGCCCCCUGAUGCCGUGGGCCAUGCUAGUGUCUUACCACUGCACAGUGGUUCCUUAGAACUCCCAGUAGUUAUGGAGUCGGAACAUCACAUGGCAACCCGUUCGAGCAUGUCGGAAAGCAGCCUGAGUGAUACUAUCCACACUGUGGCCAUGGAUAGCAACCCCGUGACUGUAGCGCUGUCUUCUUCCCACCAGCUUUCAUCUUUAACCUCAGUGUCCUUACACGGGGGCAGCAUCAGCCUUGAGCCAGUCACGGUGUCUUCCAUAACCCCAGAGGUCUCCAUGGGAGGUGGACAUGUUGAUACCGGGAACCUGACCUUUGUCCCUUCCACCCUACAGAUCGACUCCAAUUCUAACAAGGAAAAUAUGGCAACUCUGUUUACAAUCUGGUGCACACUCUGCGACCGGGCAUACCCCUCUGAUUGCCCCGAACACGGCCCGGUCACAUUCAUACCAGACAACCCCAUCGAAAGCCGGGCGAGAUUGUCCCUCCCUAAGGAGCUGGCGCUGAGGCAGUCUGUAACUGGGGCCGAAAUGGGUGUAUGGGCACAGGAAACCAUCCCAGUCAGGACCUGCUUUGGGCCUCUGAUAGGGCAGGAGAGUCAGUCGCUGGAGGUUGCUGAUUGGACGGACAAAUCUGCCAGCCACAUCUGGAAGAUGUACCACAAUGGAGUGAUGGAGUUCUGCAUCAUCACGACUGACGAGAAUGAGUGUAACUGGAUGAUGUUUGUGCGUAAGGCCAGGAACCCGGAGGAACAGAACCUCGUGGCCUAUCCUCAUGAUGGAAAGAUCUACUUCUGCACCUCCCACAACGUCUCGCCCGAACAGGAACUGCUCUUUUACUACAGUCGGGACUAUGCCAGGCAGAUGGGCCUCCCAGAACAGCCAGAGUUCUUUGUGUGCCACUGUGGGAAGGAGUGCCACUCGUACGCAGAUUUCAAGAGCCACGUGAAUAGCCACCUCCCUGCCGAGCCCCUGAGCAGCGGCGUGGCCAAUGGGCUGACCCCCACCAAGGAGCGGAAGUGGAAAUGCUCAAUGUGCUCGCGGUCCUUUAUCUCCUCCUCCAAACUCAACGUUCAUUUCAUGGGCCACAUGGGCAUGAAACCCCAUAAGUGCGAGUUCUGCAGUAAGGCAUUUAGUGACCCCAGCAACCUCCGUACCCACCUCCGGAUACACACGGGUCAGAAGAAUUACCGCUGCGGCCUGUGCGACAAGUCGUUCACCCAGAAAGCUCACUUGGCCUCCCAUAUGGCCAUACACACGGGCGAGAAGACCCUGAAAUGUGACUUCUGUGAGAAGAUGUUCAUGCGCAGGCACGACCUGAAGCAGCACGUGCUCACCCACACCCGGGAACGGCGGAUCCGAUGCCCCAAGUGUGACAAAUGCUUUUCCCGCACGGGUCACCUUAAGAAGCACCUCAACUCGCACGAGGGGAGGCGGGACUACGUGUGCGAGAAAUGCUCGAAGGCUUUCCUCACCCGGUAUCACCUCUCCCGGCACCUGAAGAUCUGCAAGGGCCCAAGCACCGCCCCCCUGACGCCCGACACUGACGAGGAAGAGGAUUCGGAGGAUGAAGAGUUACUGGGCUCGGACUGCGUCGUGUUCAACACAGACCUGACGGUGCACACGUGACCGAGGGAGCCGCCGUGCGUAUUUAUUCUAUUUAUUUCUGCCUCAGAAAGGCAAAGCGGGAACUACAGGGCUCCUCUUUCUCUGACUAAACGUCCCACCAACCUCAGCGCCUCCGACGGCCGAGGCUAUUGGGCGUAGUUAAUUACUGCCCAUUGGCUGAGAAUGGAGAAAAAGGCGGGGCUUUCUUUAUGAAUGAAAGCUUCAAUAUUAACUGUGUAUAUAAAAGGGAUUAUCUAAACUCCAGCCGGCUGGCUGUGCCAAGGAACACGGGAAAUGCUCAUUAUAAUAAAUCAUUAUAGGACCUAUGGCUGCAUUGUGAAUAAUGGAUAGUUCCACUAGUGGAACAGGGUGCUAUAUAAUACAACAUCACCCAUAAAUAAAGUGAGCAAUAUC